AUGCCUGUUUUACCAAAAUUAGAAUCACACACAUGGAUGAAAAUUGCUUUCUUAAGCAGUAACCUCUAUAUUAUGAUCGUCGGAAUUUUGAUUUCAACAUUUGGAUUAUCGGUUAUAAAAUCUGUAGGUAUUAAUUUGGCCGAUAAUGCAUGUGUGUAUUCCUUCGGAGCGAUUAACCUCUUGUUCACCAUAUUUGGUUGCAUCGCUUUCUUCAUCAACAACAUUUUUAUUGGCAUUGAGUUACUCGUCGUUUUGAUAAUCUUCGCUUAUAGCGCACUUGUCGCCACUGGAUUGCUUGUAGUGUUAGCAUUCAAGAUACCUGGAGCCUUCUGCACUUACUUUAUGGCCGAAGCCGUUGCCCUUCGAGAGUAA